GCGAGAAGGCGGCACCGGACGACGUUCACACAGGUAUAGUCUUUUGGGGAGUUUCCCUAACAUUUCUAAUCAGGCUAGUGGCGCCUGGGGCGGGCAAAGAUUUCUGCCACACCUCUACGAAUUCACUCUACAAUUGACCAAAAAUGUCUCCCCGAAUUCUAUGUAUACAGACAAAUUGCGCCCCCCCCCCCCCACCAAGCUUUCCAUAGUGCCAAUCAUAAUAAAAACAAAAUUUGAGAUAAGAAUGCUCUUGGACUGUGAAUGGAAUACUCAACAUACCCUUCCUCUACGAAUUCACUCUACAAUUGACCAAAAAUGUCUCCCCGAAUUCUAUGUAUACAGACAAAUUGCGCCCCCCCCCCCACCAAGCUUUCCAUAGUGCCAAUCAUAAUAAAAACAAAAUUUGAGAUAAGAAUGCUCUUGGACUGUGAAUGGAAUACUCAACAUACCCUCUCUCUCUCUUCCUCCCUUCUUUCCUCCCCGCUCUCCCACAACCCUCUCUUUCCCUCACUCCCUCUUCACCCCCUCCAUCCGCCCCCUCUCUCUCUCUUCCCCUUUCUCACUCCCUCUCUCUAUCCUUCCCUCCUUCUCCACCCCUCCCUCUACCUCGCUCCCCCGCCCCCCUCUCUCUACUUGAACAUGCACAUCAUUUAACGGCACAUGUUCAUCUGAACUAACCUUGCCAUGGUCCCCAGGAACAACUGAGAGAGCUAGAAGCAGCCUUCGCCAAGUCCCACUACCCAGACAUCUACUGCAGGGAGGAGCUCGCUAGGAUAACUAAGCUCAAUGAGGCCAGGAUACAGGUC